AGCCCCCCAACAAAAUGUACAUAUCUACAGUAAACCAUAUCGGGUGCACCACACGAUUUCUCCUUGUAGAACCACUAAAUUUCAAAUCAAAAUGCCCGGAUUGUCAGGCAAAAAUCGAGAAAAAUGAAAAAUGGACGAUUUCAAGGCUCCCAUGCCCACUGGCUCAGUCACAUGAGGAUUUAGCGUGUGGAAUUGUGAUAAAACCAUCAAACGGGCAUUUUAAGAGCUACAAACUAGGAGACGAUCUACAUAUUGGAAUUUCGAAUUCUCAAGGUUUGAUCUACUCUUUUUGGACAAAAGGAAUCGAAAUUGACACGUCCAAGUGGGAAAAUUCGCUGAAAAUUUUGGAUUUUCGAGCAUUUUUCUUUGAGAAUUUGAAUUUAUUGGAUAAUUCAAUGGAUUUUUUUGUGGAAAUUCAGAGAAAAAUGAAGAAAUUUGAUAAAUCUAAAUACAUGGAAAACGAUUGGAAUUGCUUCGAUUUUGUGAUGGAAUACAUGAAAUUCACAAAUUACCGGAAUUAUCGCUCAAAAAUCGAUUUUUUGGAGGAAUUUGUGACGAAAAAAUUGGAGAAUGUUGUGAAAUAUUGCAUGCUUUUUGAGAAAUUAUCCAAUAAAUAAUGUCGAUUUU